UGGUGUCGUCGGGGAGCCGAGCUCAGGAGAGCAGCAUGUGGGACAGUUGUGGUGCUGGGGAUCAUCACCGCCGUCUUAGCCUGGGUAUGGUUCGGGAGGGGGAAGGAGCAGGACCCGGUCCAAGAGAGAGAGGACGCAGGACCAGGGACCCAGCUCACCUUCCACCAUCAGGAACCUGAGUCCGAGCACACCCAGCCUCAGAAGACGUCUGAUAAUGAGCCAAUGCUCCAUGCUGGAGAAGACCUCCUCACACAUGACACCACUACUCAGCUGUACACCACAGAAAGCAGUACAAGACAUGAAGUGGAUGACCAAGGUGACCCCUUCUCAUAUGAAGACCAGAGCACUCCAAAGGAGCACCCUACAGGAGAAGACCUUGUGCAGCACCAUGCAGGAGAUCUACACCACCUACAGAAAGAGGUGCACCUCAGACAAGAACCCCUGGAAGAGUCCACACCUGACGUUCACCACUCCACAGGUUUAGAGGAACAGGUCAAUGAAGAUCUGGGCUCUUCAGAUGAUGAGUUGGUGGGUGCUGGAGAGGACCUUCACCUCUCUGUUGGUGCACAGGUCACUGUGGAGGAUUUGAAACCUUCAACAGUCACAGAGGAAAAGUUGGUGCCAACCAGUAAAGAAGAGAACGACUUCAUUGUCCCAGAUAAAGUGCUGCCCAUCGGUGUGGAGACUGGCUUGAUGCACCCAGCUCAUGUCCAGGAUGGAGUGACACUGAUAAAUGGAGGUGACGAGCGAGUACAGAAAGCGGAUGUAACAGUGUGUCUCCAAGGGAAUUUCACAAAUGGCAAUGCACCAAAUGUUACCACUUCUAAGCAAGUCAAUAGAUCGGCAAGUGAAAAGAAUGUUGACCAGUUUGACCACCAUAAACUUGAGUCUUAUGAGCAAUCAGAAAUGGACCUGGCGGUUAAUAAGCUGUCAGUUACCCUGGAAAAUACAACCUGCGCACAAGUUAAUGGUCACAUAACUAACAACGUAUCAACUGAAAGUUGUCACGCAGAGGUGGCAAUCCCCCAGAAAUUAGAAGCUGUGAUUCUGACAAGUCAAACAAAUCCAAGUGUGGACAGAUGUGUACUCUUACAUUUAACCAACCAAGAAGGGGAAAGUAAUGAUUCCAACGGGUCAGGCUCUAGUGACAACAGUUGCUUUGCUACUCACUCCGAGGCAAAACUAAAUGAUGUUGACCCUCAAAGGACAAAAAGGGUGGCUGCAGUACAGCCAAUCCCACAUAAUGUAAGUCUUGGCUUCAGAGUGCACUACAUCACGCACUCCGACUCUCAGCUGAUUGCAGUCAUUGGGGAUCAUGAGAAACUUGGUGAAUGGGAGAGCUAUGUCCCCCUAACUUCUGAUAAAGACGGUUAUUGGUCACAUUCAGUUGCUCUGCCAGCUGAUGCCAACGUAGAGUGGAAAUUUGUAAUGGUGGAAAAUGGGAAAAUCAAAAGAUGGGAAGAAUGCUACAACAGGCAUUUAAGAACUGUGCAUGAAGAUCUUGCCACCCAGCAGUGGUGGGGCUAUCCAUAA